AUGGCUACGGUCAACGGACUGACGCCUGAAGAGCGGGCGAGGGUGUGGAUAACGCAGUCAAACCUCAUUCCAAAAUCGGUCAACUACGACUGGGAGCCGUUCAUGACAGCCCUGGUGGAGACAGUCACCGAUUUGAAUGAGAACUUAUUCCCACCGGACGAAGACGCGGAUCCCGGGUCACCAAAACCCGACGUUUAUAAGGAGAAGAAGUUGGCGCCGUCAAAAGACCCCAGUAGCGGUUCGUGGAUAUAUACGUGGUAUAUCCCAGAAUGGACAGAUCCCGAUUAUGAUGAGGACGUCAUAGUGAAGCUCAAUGGGAGGAAAUACGCCAACACGGCCCGAGACGCCUUUUACAACCUGCGCCCAGCGCUGCUCGACAGAGAUGCUCUGAAAAACCCUACGCCGUACGCGCAGCGCUUCGGGGUACAUCCUGACGAAUCCAAGGGCCGCAGCCGUACCAGCCCCACGUUUGCGCCGAGUCGCAAUCCCUUGGACGACUAUGCGAACCAGGUCAACAUGCUCAGUGACAGCCAGAGAGCGGCCUGCGAGGACAUGAGCAAGAAACUAUGGGCAGCUUCGGGGAAGACACCCGACCCUGCGCAGGCUAUCCUCCCCCAGGUCCUGUCGCAGGUGUUCUCCCAGUUCGGCGCGCUGAGCAACGACGAGCUCGAGACAGAGCUGCGCAAUGCAGUCAGCAAUGGCAUGAAUCUCGAGCAGUUUGUCGACCACCUGACCCAGACGAAUCCAACGGCAAAGACGGCACACAAGAAUUUCUUGGACAGCGCGCUACGAGACCAGGAUUGGCAACGCAUGAUAUUCUCGGACAUGACAACGGACGAACUAAUCGAAGGUAAUGCCCACACCAUGGCCAACGGUUUCAGCUGCGAUCUAACGGGGGAGAUACACCCUUUCUUCCGAAGAGAGAAGUGGGAGUUCAGCGACUGGAAGGGGGCAGAGCGAUGGACUCCGCGGUUUGUAUACAACCUCAACGGGACUCGACAGGCAUGGGACGUCAGGGGGAACGACAAGGUUUGGGAUGCAUUGCAACCAGCGUUGCAACUGGUGACCAAGAUUCUCGAAAGCAACCCGGCCCACCUAAAUGCUUUGUACAACAUGAACACCCGGCAGGAUAUAGAUCCCGAAAGGGACCCUCGUGACGAUCCCGAAACGGCCAGCUUGAUGAAGUACGUCAUGGAAGAUGAAAUAGACUUGGGUCUGUCCGAUCCACGGAUCCAGAAGCUGAAUGACUUAGGUUAUGACUGGAAGUACCACACAGUCAGGAUUCUGGAUCGGUGCCUCCGUAUGGAUAUCGGGUCGUGCUACUUACUGGGACACGGUGCUGACGAAUACAACGAAGUGAAAGGGUCGAGCAUGGCCUACGGCUUCACAAACUCCACCGUUUGCGGCGCCGACAGCUACAUCACCAUAUCUAUUGCUGCCGAGGUGAUCUGGCCAUUGUUGGUGGACACGUAUAGCCAGAGCGAAAAACUGACAUGCUCGUUCAUUAUUGCCUCGACUAUUCUGCACGAGCUGGCGCACGCAGUGUUGAGCGCUCAACAGUUUCUGACCGAGGAAGACUGGGCCCAGGAGUCCGGCCAGGGUCCACAAGUUACGACUGUGGUUCGCUCGCUCGCAGACAUCUGGGACUACGGCUUCAUGGAUGGAGAGCCUACCUUCAGGGACGGUGGUUAUGCAGAGCUGGGAUUUGACUUUGAGAACUCGAUUUGGGGGUUCUGCGUAAACAACCUGACUCAAAACCCCAGCUCCAAUGGAUUUGCCAGAUUUAUCGAGUCGCUGCCCCUGGUCGCAAUGGCCAUACCGUGGCCAACGUCCCGGCAGUCGACCAGUGUCGGCUUGAAGCUUAGCACGUAUCCGAUCGAGGACUAUUGCCGCCCCUUACCCAUUGAGUACAUGGCCAAGUUCUUUACCCAGCGUUUCUGGGACGAGGACUUUCAGAUAUAUGGACCCGAAGCACUGAAGCAGUUGCCCGAGGGCCGCCUCAUCAAGACGAUCAUGACGCCGCAGGUUAUUAGUACCAAGGCAGCCGCAUCGCUGUUUGGCCAGGAUGAAUGGGCGUUUAUGAGGGCUGUCGCGCUUUUGCUGAGCCACUCCCGUCACUCGAUCCUCGGUAACUAUCUAGGAGCCCUAGUAAUGGAUGCAACGCGGCGCUCAUCCUUCAUGCGGCGGUGGUGCAGGGAGAUCCCAAACUGGAGGGACGCCAUCAUCAACCCGCUGGAGAAGAGCGUUCAAGAGCUGGAACGCUUGCUCUUCCAGAGCCAGAAAACACAUAAUGACAGGUAUGCCAGUGAGACGGGCAGGGUGCGGGCCCAUAAUGCGUACGUCAACAGCGUGGCGGGCGAGCCAAUCCCGCCGCUGGACUAUGACAUGUGGAAACUCACGACGGACUACGACUGGAAUCAGACGUUCCGCGUGGGAGGCCGGCUCAUGAACAAGCUCGCCGAGACGAGCCGCUACAUGCAGGAGGACGUUGCCUUUGUGCAGCGCAUGAUCUUCGACUACCUCAACGUCAACCAGGGGACGCGUGCUAUCUUAUACCGCGGCGGGGGAGGGACAGAAAGCACCCCAAUCGGCGGCGCAUAUGCACGGCUCGUCACCUUCCUGGCGAAAGCCAAGAGCCUCGCCGAUCACGUAGUCAAGGUCGCUGGCAUCCCGCAGCUCGCACCCAUCAGGGACAAGUGGGACCCCUGGCGGGCUCGGUUCCAGGAGAGUUCCAAGACAUACCAGGAGCUCCUAUGGAUGAUCGACCAGGAGUACACCAUUCACCCCUCCGACGUGAGCUGGAAGCCGCAGUUCAGAUCGUUGCCAUCGUCGUACUGGAAGGCCCGCAACGAGCGCCUGCAAGCCCUGGCGCUGCGCGAGUAUAAUAGAUGUGACCCCCGAAUUCGGAAGAUAGUGGACGACUUCUACUCGGUUUAUGACCCGACCCGAACGGUAUCCAUGCAGCCAACAACGCAGGAAGUGGACGGCAUCCUGGACCUGAUGAAGAACCUCAAAUUUGACCCCAAGGCCCCGCACGCUUUCCAAGACAAGCCGAUUGUUUUCGAUUUCUCACUACCAACUCCCCCGGCAUCGCCCACGAAAUCGAGCGCCGUGCCACCACCACCCGGUGGGACUACUGCUGGCGUCCCUCCCGCAGCACCGGCAACGCCAGGCGGAAGCGCCCCGGGUAGUCGACCCAGGUUCCUCAACGCCACGAGGCUGGGUGCGACACCUCCUCGCCGGGGGUCGACGACGGCCGGCCUUCUAGGCCGUCGCGGCGUGGGGAAGACGAGUGCCAGUGGCCGGCGAAGCUCCGCGUUCAAGAAGUAUGGUGCCGCUGGCGCCGGGACCAACUUUCUGCUCGCAGCACAGAAGGCAGGGGCCCCCGGCUCCUUCGCAGAUGCCGGUAUAUCGACGAGCGUUAUCAACUCGGCUCUUCAGCAGGCGGGCCCAGGGCAGUCACGCGGCCUAUCUUCAACAGCACAGGGUGCUGCUUCGGUACAGUUCUCACAGACGCUACUCACACCCGCCGGGCCGGUGCGAGUGCCCCUGGCGGGUGGCCAGCGGGCCAUCCGGCCCUUUCCUAAUCCAUACUCCACGCGCGUAACGUUGACAUCAGACGUGGCUGCGACGACUAAUAGCGUGAGGCUGGCGAGGAACUCCGAGCGUACCUCUACCUAUGUUGCUCCCGGAACGUGGCGUAACCCCGGUGGCUCUCCCAGUAGUCCUGGUUCUAUCACCUAG